CGUCAUUCAUUCUUCGGAAGUUCAUGCUGCCAAUGCAAUCCUGUCCGUAGCCCUGUCUCCAGAGAACACAACUCAUACACUUUCAGCCAGUGAACAUGGACGCCACUAAAGUAAGAGUUUCUCGGUUCUACUACGAUGUUGUCACGCCGAAUCUUGGUGUUAGUCUUCUUCUAACGUCGCAAUUUCUCAACACUAUCAUGAUCCUCACAUGUAAACUCCUAGAGGUGGACCCAGGGCUUGACACCCCGAUUCACCCCGUGCAGAUAUUGUUUGUACGGAUGCUCAUAACUUACGCUUGCUGCGUGUUGUAUAUGGUCACCACCAAACGAGUUCCGGACGCUCCGUUUGGACCCAAAGGCCAGAGAACCCUCUUGUUCCUAAGAGGCUUCUUGGGAUUCUUUGGUGUAUUUGGUCUCUACUACUCGUUACAGUACUUGAGUCUUUCCGAUGCAGUGACGAUCACUUUCUUGAUUCCGAUGGUGACAGCUUUUUUUGCGUGGAUCGUUUUGGGUGAGAAGUACUCGCUACUAGAAGCUGUGUGCUCACUACUUUCUUUGGGUGGAAUUCUUCUUGUAGCCAAGCCUGAUUUUCUCUUUGGCCUACAGUCCGAAUCCGAGACCCCACAGCUGGACUCUGCCGAAUCAUCAAACAGUGGUUUACGGGUCUUAGGGACCGUGGUGGGGCUUUUGGGAGUAUGCGGAGCUUCUGCGGUCUAUGUUUUGCUCCGGAAAAUCGGCAAGGCUGCCCACCCGCUUAUUUCCGUGAGUUACUUUGCUCUAACCACGUGCGUCAUCUGCUUCUGUGCGACGAUUCUGGUUCCCUCGCUCAGUUUCAAAGCACCAGCCAACGCCAGACAGUGGUUUCUUUUUUCGUUGAUUGGCUUGUCUGGGUUCUUCAUGCAAUUCUGUUUGGCUGCAGGGCUCCAGUUGGAGAAGGCUGGCAAAUCAUCACUCAUGAUCUACUCGAACAUGGUGUUUGCGUUGGUGUGGGACUUUGUUUUCUGGGGCCACGUGCCUGGUAUGCUUAGUAUCCUCGGAACCUCGCUCAUCCUUGCCAAUGCAUACAUUAUUAUCAAGUAUAAGCCAUCGAGUGAUGCCGGGGACUCGACCGAUUUAGACAUGGAGGCCAAUGGCGGAAAGUACGACGCACCGGGCGAGAUCGAUAUGGACUUUCUUAUUUCUGACGAGGACGAGGGCGAAGAUGAGGGCAGCUUGAGGUAAAGCUCUCAUCUGAGAACCAUUAGAGCGAUUUCAAUUCAUCACCACACAAUGAUUCAGACACAUCCCGAGAACGAUGAUUUUCAUUCGGUGUGGCGAUUCUUAAAUGACCAGUAGCCUACUAUAGUUGGGUAUUUAAAACAUGUUUCUUUUCUUGUCUGCGGGCGUAAUUUGGUAC